AAAAUAUUCAAAGAACACUUCAGGAAGAACACAUGCCAUGAAAGAUGCUGAAAAUAUACAUAUCAAACAUCUGGGCUCCAGUCUUUCUGUGGAGGGUCAGAUGGCUGGACACAGCAAAACAAAGUCAUUAACAAAGAAAGCUGACCAAAAGCACAAGCCUCCUGAUGUGUUUGAUUUUCCUGAUGAUUCUGCUAUCUCAAGCAUUGACAGGCUGGGUGAAAAUGAGCAAGAUGAAGAACCUUAUGAGGCCUUUGCCCCUCCUUUACACAGCACUGCUAUAUAUGCUGAUGAAGAGGAAUUCUCCAAACAAUGUGGAUCAUCUAUCCCUUCAACUCCUCAAGGAAAAGAAGCAAGAAGAAGUUUGAACACUUCUGAAAAUGAAGCAAGUGAAUCUGUAAAAAAUCAUGCAAAAGAGCUAGGAGGAAAACUCAAACCCGUUAUUGAUGUAUCUGAAAGCACUGAAAAAAGUGAUGUAACAAAAGAUAAGCCAGCUGAGAAAAGAAGUACACAACAGCAUGAAGCUACUCCAGCUAUGGCAUCUUCAGAGCUUUCAGGGAAACCAGCUAAAUUGGUCACUCCUAAAAAAACAGGGCCUCUUAAUGCCCAAUCCUCUGUUGAAAACGAGACCCAGGCAACAGAAAGUCAACAACAGAAAAUUCAGAAAAAGAGGAAGAUGUCUCAUGGCAAAGGGAAGAAAUCAAGAAGUAAAGAUGUAGACUCAGAUAGUGAUAUUUUCGACAGUGCAUUUAUUUGGUGUCUAGAAGGAAAGAAAACCAAUGACAUCAUGGAGUUGGGUAUUGUUUUGUCUGCAUUUGAGAAAACCCUCUUAGAGUAUAAACAAAGAAUCGAAUCUAGAGUGUGUAAGGAAGCCAUCAAUGAAUUUUAUUCUAUUAUUAAAGAAGAACUCAUCAAAAUGAUUAAAGAAGUCCAGAUACUGAAAAAUUUGAAAAGGAAGAAUGCUAAGCACGUUGUAAUUACAUACUGUUUGUAUGUAGUACUGUCUUCCCUACUAGAACAAAGCUUUAUGAAGAUGAUUUCAGGUAUCAAAAGGAAAAGGCAACGUUUGAUUGAAGUCCAGGAUGAACUACUUUGGUAAGAUAAUAUCAAAAUCCUGUUUGAGAAUUCAUCUAGAAGGAUAUAAUUAUGGUAUGCCAUUUGGGGAUAGUAUAACUUGCUGCUGUAUUGCAUCAAAAGCCCAAGUUAUCUUUGAGCUUGGAAACUCAAUAAAGGUAGGUUAUGCCGCCUAGUUGCUAAACCUUUAGCAAAGGAGAAUUCAGCACUUAUCUCCUGCCAGCAGGUGUCUGGACUCUGGCCUGAGAGGCAGCCUAAUUUUGUAAUUUAAUGCAUGGACUCUAGAACCAGGCUGCCUGGGUGUGCAUCCAGGCUCUGCCACUUACGUCUGUGCAACCUUGGGCAAGUUAACCUCCCAGCGCCUCAGUUCCUUCAUUUGUAAAAUGGUCAUAAUAAUAAUACCUGCACCUCCUUAGGUGCUGUGAGAAUUAAAUGAGUAAAUAUAUGGAAAGUGCCUCACAGUGACUGGCAUAUAAUAAGUACUACAUAAGUGUUAACGGCUUUUGUUUAUGUUGUUGUUGAACCCAUUCCCAAGUGUUGGAUCAGGAGAACUUGCCAGGCUUUGCAAGCCACGGCUGUCCCCAUGGCCUUUAUAGAAAACUGGGGCACAUAACACCAGCCUGUCACCCAACAAGAAUUUUCUGGUGCUCUUCUACGAGGCCAAGACUGUUGUGUGAGCUGGAUGGUGGGUAGUAAAGCAGUACUAGAUAAGGUCACUGCUCCUUAAAGCUUUAAAAUCACUUGUGAUAUAAAGUGAUAUUAUCAGAAAAGACAGUGCAUAAUGAAGUACUAAAUUUUAAAGAAGAGACUGCCACAGAAUUUGGAGAAGGGAGAAAUUGGUUAUCUGGUCCACUGGUUUCCAGAACUAGACUAUGGACAGGUGCUGGCCCAUGAUAAAGUUUUCAUUAGCACGGGCCUAAAUAAGAACAUAAAGGUAAUAAAAUAAUGAUGGUAGCUUGAUAUGUGCUGGACACAGUCCUAAAUGCUUUAUAUAUUAACUCAUUAAUCAUCACCAUAAUCCUGUGAGGCAGGUUAUUAUGGCCCUAAAAUAAGACUCUGACUUACUAUAAUUGAAAGCACUCACAUGCUUUAAAGACUAACCUUUUUUGUUCCUUUUCUAGAUGUGAUUUUAGAAGUUGAGAAGCAUAUUUUGAAAAGGAAUAGUAAAAAAAAAAUGUGGUAUAUCACUGUUUUAUCUUUACAUACGAAAAAUGUAAGACACAGAGAGGUGACUCACUCACAGUCGCACACAAGGGACGUGGUGGAGCCAGGAUCUGAUGUCCACAGUCUGACUUCUGACCCUGGCCCUGCCAACACAAGACUGAGUUUUCCAGAAUGUUGCAUUUGUUCAAUAUAAAGAACUGCUAAAAUGACUUUUAUAAAAUUAUGAUAUUAGAUGAUAGUUCUUUUUUAUGUCUUUAUUUGGCAAAAUAAAAAAUGGGCAUCCCUCCCACUUUUGAAGACAGAUUCAUGAAAUCCAAGUUAUCCCUUUUAUUUUAUUGGAGCCCUGGUGGCAUAGUGUUAAGAGCUAGGCUGCUAACCAAAAGGUCAGCAGUUUGAAUCUACCAGCUGCUCCUUGGAAACCCUAUGGGGUAGUUUUACUCUGUCCUAUAGGGUCACUAUGAGUCGGAAUCGACUCAACGGCAUCAGAUAUAUAUUUUAUAGGUGAGGAAACUCAGGCACUGAGAGGUGAAGCGGUUUGCCCAAGGUCGCACCAGCCAGUGUGAUAGUUUGUCCACUGGUCUUAUUAGAUUUGGAAAGUAGGCAAGAUUUUGACCAUGAAGGGGCAAGGGGAAAGUUUUUGCCUGUGUCUUCACUCUUAAACUGAAAUGCCUGAUUUCUCCUACUUGGGGGCACUAAAAUUCAACUAAGUAUAUGUUUUAAUUCAGUAGUUCCUAAGACCUCAAAAAUGACUCAAUGAAAUUUAGGAUAUAUUAGGCAUAUUCUUCUGUGUGCUUCACUGCUAAGUAUUUAUUGCACAUUGUAUUUCAGAGUUGUUUCUAUGUUUUAUAUUAAAAUCUAGAAUCUUUCACACAUUUAUAAUUUUUCCAUUCUUAUAAUUUAUAUUUCAGAGCCAAAGAAAUCUUAAAUCAUCUAGUCCACCUCCUCAUUUUUCCUAUUCACCCAGUAUACUCACAUACUCAAUCUCAUAUAGUAUAGGCUGUUACACUUUAUUACAUCUCAUUGAUUUUUUGGAAAAAAAUACUUUGUUUUAGGUUAGAACCACAACUGAAACAGCUACAAACAAAAUAUGAUGAACUUAAGGAGAGAAAAUCUUCCUGUAAGAAUGCAGCAUAUUUCUUAUCUAAUUUAAAGCAGCUUCAUCAGGAUUAUUCAGAUGUUCGAGAAAAAGACCCAG